GUUGCUCAGUUGAAUGAGACGCAUGGUGCGUGGAGUCACUCAUCGCUGCUUGUUCGUGAACAUUCACACGUUAAGUGAGCGGGGAUGCUCCACGCACAUGAGCUCCUCCAACAAGCUGGUCGCCAUGGGGACAGAGAGCGAAAGCAUGCUGCAGCUAGCCGCGGAAGCUUUCCGGGCGAAAAACUUCGAUCUGGCCGCGGAUAUUUACGAGUGCCAGCUUGCGGCUCUGAGGGACGGAGAGAGCCGACAGGAUCUGACCGUGAGGCGGGCCGACGCGCUCGCUUUCGGGGGGAAAUUCACCGAGGCUGUCGUGGCUUACCGGCAAGCCGCGGAGAUGGACAAACUGAGACCCGCGCACCUGGGCAACCUUGUCGACUAUCUGACCUCCAUCACUAGGCUGGACAGAGAGGGUGACCGGGGAGAGGACGCGGAGGCUGGAGCCACAGGUUGCGAAGACAUCUCGUGCCGGAUAUGUCUGAGCUCGCUGUUUGAGCCCGUCACUUUGGCGUGCGGACACUGCUUUUGCAAAAAGUGUCUGGAGAAGGGAGACAAGAACGAGAAGGAGGUGGUCUGUAAGGAAUGCAAGCUGAGCUCCCGAGUUGCAGUGCAUAGCUACAGGGUCAACGUGGUCCUCAGCAACCUGCUGGCUAAAUGGUUCCCGAGGGUGUACCGUGCUGGUCGGCUGAGGAGAGAAGGCAACGGCCUCUACUCGGGAAAGAAGGUGGAAGCGGCUCUGGAGAAAUACAACCAAGCUAUCACGAUAUCUCCCACGGACCACAUACUGUUCAGUAACCGCUCCCAGAUCCACUCCAGUCUUAAACACUACGAAAAGGCUCUGAGUGAUGCUGAGAUGGCUUGCAGACUCAUGCCUUUGUGGUCAAAGGGACAUGUUCGUAAGGCACAGGCUCUGAUGUCACUUGGAAGGACUGAGGAAGCGCUGAGAGAGUACCUGCUGUGUCUUUCUAUAGAGCCCGACUGUCGACUGGCCAGGAAUGAAGCUAACAAGGUAGUCGAAGCUAACAAGCUUCUUAGUGACCUCUUGGCUCCGGUGACGGAUCAGGCGCCUGAACACAUCUCAGACUUCCCCAAGAUGCUAUCCUCUCGAGGGCGCGUGAAGAAUAGCAUCAGUGGAGCCUCUCGGCUCCUCGGCCCGGCCCCGCUGUCGUCGGAGUCGAGAGUGGCUCCCGGUACUCCUGCGGCCGGCAGAUUGGAUGGCAGUGAGGUCACAGUUCAGGAGGACGGGAAGAUGGACCACUAUGUUCUAAACAAGCGGAAGAGAAGAAUCACAAAGGAGGAAUGCGAGGACGAGCAUGGAGCAGAGGGGAAGAGUGAUGCUAAAAAAAGAUUGAAGUCUGAGUCAGCAGAGGCGAACCAUCUGUUAAGUCCUGCAGUUGGGGACCUUUUGGACCCAACCGAUCUGGAAUGUUCUCUGUGCAUGAGAUUACUCUACGAGCCGGUGACGACACCUUGCGGUCACACCUUCUGUCUCCAGUGUCUCAAGAGAUGUCUGGACCACAACCCAAAGUGUCCACUUUGCAAAGAAGAGCUGUCGGAAUACCUCGUCCAAAGACGAUACUGCAAGACCACGUUGAUGGAAAGCCUCAUAGCGAGGUAUCUUCCGAAUGAGCUCAUGGAGAGACAGAAAAUUCACAUCGAGGAGAUGGCUGAGCUUUCCAACCUCAACAAGAACGUGCCUAUUUUCGUGUGCACCAUGGCCUUCCCCACCGUGCCGUGUCCUCUGCAUAUAUUUGAGCCCUGCUACCGACUGAUGAUUCGCCGAUGCAUGGAAACGGGAACCAACUGCUUUGGCAUGUGUCUGGCCGAUGACCUCAAAGGGUUUGCAGACUACGGAUGCCUGCUGGAGAUUCGUGACGUGACGUUCUUUUCCGACGGGCGCUCCGUCGUCGACACCAUCGGCAGGCGGAGGUUUAAAGUCAUCCAGCAUCGUGAGAGGGAUGGAUACAACACAGCUGACAUUGAGUACCUGGAAGAUGUCAAGGUGGAGGGCUUGGCAGUGGGGGAGCUGCAGUCUUUACAUGACACGGUGUAUGACCAAGCUCUCGUCUGGGUCGACUCCCUGAAAACAGAGCAGAAGGAACGCAUUGAAGGCCACUUUGGACCCAUACCCAAGAAAGACUCUGAACUUCAGGCUAAUCCAAAUGGUCCUUCAUGGUGUUGGUGGUUACUUGCUGUACUUCCAUUAGAGGGCCGAGCACAGCUGCCUUUCCUCGCCAUCACAUCCCUGAAAGACCGCUUGAGCGGCAUCCGCAAAGUCCUCCUCUUCAUGUCCCGCAACCGAAAUCGGGGACACGUCGUGGGCCAGCGUUCAUAAUCUCGCCCGACCCACCCGCCCCUGCAACUCCGACAAGAAGUUUUCUUCCUUUUGAGCAUUUCUGUUUUUACGACGGCACUUUCCAUGUUGUCGCACAAUCUACAGAACACUCAAUCACGUUAUAUUCAACUUCCAUUUAUCCAUUCACCCCAGGGCUCUUUGCACCCAAAGCAACCCUCUUUGUUUCAUCUUUUCGACUUCAAGCCAGAAUCUAAACGCUUGGUUAUGAGUAAGGAGUAUCACCUUUCUUUGUAACACUUUACACAACGCUAAUGCGCACAACAUAUGGACCAAGGGCAUGGAAGACAAUGUAUGUUGGCCUUAUUGGGCAUGGCACGCCUUUGUUUUCAUAUUUCUCUGCGCUUCUAAUGUGAGGUAAUAGAACAAAAUGGAAAAAAAAAAAUACAUUUGACAUUCUUCCUCAGAGUGAGUUGCCUAUCCAACAGCUUUAGAGUAAAGAGAAAGACUGAUACGUAUAUACUGGAUAUACGCACAGUGCUGCUUCAUGCAUUCAUUAGACUACCUGUUGUGAAAAGAUUUCUGUCUCCUUGCCAUAUUUUACAAUUUUGAACAAUGAGAAAAAAUUAUCGGGUGGUGGUCGAUUACAUUUGAGAAGCACCCUAUGUAUCCAAGUGUACUUAAGAACUCUGUGAGAGACCAAACAUAUACUUUAUACCAGAAAUUAUGUGAAUUAUGAUAGAGAAAAUAUUGACUUCAUUGAAAAUUCACACAGAAACAACACCCGUUAGUAGCACACACAAAAAGGUGUGCUGAUUGUAGGGGGACUUUGACUGUUUUGCUCUUUUUAUGUGUGGCAUUUUGCUUUUUCUCCAUUAUUUAUUUUUUUCCAUUAUUUAUGCAAGCAGUGACUUUGUUUACAUUUGUUGAAAGAUGCUCAUUUUCCGCAGGAUUAUUUUUCUAUUUGACACCUACAAAUGGCAGCCAUUUUGCACGCUGUACCAAUAGAAGGGAGAAAGCCCUGAAUUAAAAAAAGAAAAAAAAAAGCUCUCAUUGAUGUACAAUUAUUUAGGUCAGUGUUAAUUCUGAUUUUUUUUGGUACUUCCACCCUAAUUAGGGAGAAUAACUUCCAUUGUGAUUUUUAAUUGUUAUGACGUUGGCUAUUCCACAAAUACACUUUGGUGAAAAUUGUGAUGCCUUGUUGAUUGUUGUUUUGUUUUAAGACAGUAGAGAGCUUUGCCUUUACAUUUGUUUUAAAUACAAGUUUUAUUAAGAGUUUGUUAUUUAGUUUAGUAAUUAUUUCACAGGAUCUCAUGAUCAGAUAUGCAAUAGUACGCAGAUGUCACAUUUAUCAAUCACCUCAUUUUGUAUGUCAGUAGCUGCUUCUCUAAUGUUUGGUUUUCCCCACAACGACAUUGUUGGGAUUAGUUAUGGGGACAAAGGGUAGAAAGUGAUAUUGAAGUCAACAUGUUCGGAAUAUUUGCUUUCAUAAUUCUGCAAAUAUAAUAAUUAUGUUGGGCCCAAAAGGGAAAUGCUUUCCGUCAAAUGUAUUACACUUGCAGUGUAAAAAUAUUGGAAAGACAUUUGUGAACUAAUAGAUAUUUCAACACAUGUGUAAAGAAUGACUGGAAAAACUGUAGCCCAUUUUAUUUGCCUAAAAAGAGAGUAUAGAGAGGCGUUUUUAUCUAACUAAAAUGCUCUUCCACUGACAGCAGUUCUCGUGCCUUAAGUUGGACUUCUCCCUCUUAUGUUGAAAAUGGAAUGCGGUGUAAUGUUGGGUGCAGAAUUUGGGGUGGUUCAUUAAAUUGUGUUAAGAUCAUUUUAAACUAUUUUUGAUGUGUUUUAAAUUUUUGAUACAUCCUGUUCUGAGCACUGAAUCCAAUAUUUUGUAUUGUAUUAAUGUUGAUUGUCUGGCAUGUUGCAAGGCAAUCGCCCCCAAAAUCAAGAAAUAGACAAAAAUAAGAAUUAGCUUCAAUCAAGGAACAGAUUUGUUUGAUGACAGUAACUAAAACUAAGUAUGCUCUAAAACAUAACUAGUAACCUUUCAUAGUUUUUCAUACGCUGCAAAAAUACAGGUGGAUAGUGACCAAGUAAGUUUAUAUUGCCCUUGUUUUUAUUUAUUUUUUAAACGAAUGUUAAAAUAAGCUAAGAAGCUAUAUGUAGCUUUUUUUAUGUUUAAGGGAAAUAUAAGCACAUUUAUAAGUAAUAAUGCUUCCAUUGAAACUGGUUCAAUAAAGUUUACUGCACAAAAACCGUUGAACACGGUGAGGCUUAAA